AUGCGAAUGGUAAGUUUCGUGGAUGCGCAACAAGCCCCGCCAUACGCCAUCUUAUCGCACACCUGGGGCCCCGAGGAAGAGGAAAUCACCUUCGGCGAUUUGGUAACUUGGACUAUUGAUAACCCACCACCAGAGACUUCCCCAAAAUUCACUGGAUGGGCUAAAAUACACAGGGCCUGCAACAAGGCUCGCAUUCAUGGCUGCGCCUAUAUUUGGAUUGACACCUGCUGCAUCGACAAGUCCAGCAGCUCCGAGCUACAAGAGGCCAUCAACUCAAUGUUUUCUUUUUAUGAGAAGUCCAAGGUGUGCUUUGCGUAUCUUAUCGAUGUGGAGGGUGCUUUAAACAAUGACGUUCAUCGAGCCCGGUGGUUCACUAGAGGAUGGACACUACAAGAAUUACUUGCUCCGGAGAAGCUCAUAUUCUUUAAUAAAUAUUGGGUGGAUAUUGGCAGCAAGAUCGACAAGUAUUCUGUUAUCGAAAACGUGACAGGGAUCCAUAGAAAGUAUCUCUUCUAUGGAUUUGGUGCCUUUACGAAACUGCCACCUAGCUACGAGCGGAUCUCAAGUGCCAGUGUGGCACAAAGAAUGUCAUGGGCAGCUAAAAGGAGGACCACGAGACGAGAGGACAUGGCUUACUGCCUACUUGGUCUGUUUGAUAUAUCCAUGCCUUUGCUGUAUGGAGAAGGCGAUAAAGCAUUCCUGCGGUUGCAGGAGGAAAUUAUGAAAGUUACAAAUGACACUUCCCUGCUCUCGUGGGGUUUGACUGGACCUUCCGGCUACGACGAGUUCGAUAUCAGUGGUGGGGACCUUGAGAUUACUGCUGAAACAUCAUCAGAGCAACCAAUAAUGGCACCAAUCCUAGCAAGCCAUCCUGGCUUCUUUCGCUGGUGUGGUGAUAUUUUCCAGUGUCCGAUUCGCCCGUUCAAAGAAACGACAUUCUCUAUGGCACAAAGAGGGCUGCUUUUAUCUCUUCCUGUUGUCUUAGAUCGGUGCUACGAAACUAUCGCUUACGGAAUCCUUAGUUGUGGAUCAGCGCGAGAGGUUCCCCACAAAACGCAAUACAUAGCAAUACCGUUGGUCUCGAGUACCGCAUGUACAUGGGCCCAUGGGUCUAUUGAUGACGAAUAUUGGCGACCACUUUGGUGCAAGCCGAAGCUUGUCGCUCCAGAGUUCGUGGAGGAGGCGACCAUGAAGGAUAUCCUGAUCCGACGUGCCAGGCGCAGCGACGAAUCGUUCAGGAACAUACCUUUUGGUUUUUACAUCGACUCUGAUCCAGCAAUACAUGUGAUGGGAACAUAUCCUCCUCAGCCGAUUAAUCUAUCUUUCAAGUCCCUUUCCGUACGAAGACAACCAAGUGACGAGUCAAUGAAUCAUGAAGAUUCCUCUUCACACAAUCACGAAGAGGGACAGAGAAUGAUGCUCGUCAAUGUUGAAACAAAGAGCUCACUAGUUAAACUGCUCGUCGUCAUAAACUACCAAUUGCAGCCUGGAAGCUUUACACCACUUGACACCAUCGCUACGGGCUGGGACUAUAGCUUGUCAUGUCGAGUCUUCAUCUUAAAUCGCGGUUUCUCUCUGCAGACACUCCAAGAUCUAGCCAGCGAUCAAGGAUUCAAGCGAUAUAAAGAGCUAAUUUGUAUUCCUGACGGUGGCCAUAAGGUAUACAUGCUUCCUAGUACAUACGAUCUCUAUAUAACCGCCCAUAAUGGGUCCUUCCGCCGCGCAACAACGAUCGAACUAUCUUUCCGCGUGGCCCGUGAAAUUGUGGACUCCGACUUUUCGAAGAGUCCCUGCCAUGGAUCAUGGCAUUUCAAAAACGGUCGAAAAGUGUCAGACAGGCAGGAUGGCAAAUAG